AUGUUAAAUUUGGAAGAACUAGCUUUAUAUCUUGUUCAUAAUAGCACUGAAAUAUUCAUUGAUGGAGAUAAUUUGACGAAGAAUAUCAUUAAUCAUCUAUCACGAUUAAAUAAAUUUGUAUUUAAUAUUCGAUCAAUUAUAUAUGGUCUUGGUCAAUCUUGUUUGUCAUUAAAAGAACAAAUUGAUCAUACAUUCAUAAAUUUCACAAACAAUAAAAUUAUAAGUUGUGUUGAUUAUUUUCGAAGAAUGAAAAUUGGUCAAUGUCAUACUUAUUCAUAUCCAUAUACAAUGAGACAUUACAGAAGGAUAACAAAUAAUUUUUCAGGUGGAUUAUUUGAAUGUGUUCGUGAAAUAACAUUAUUUGAUGAACGUCCUUUUGAACAUAAAUUUUUUAUUCGAAUUGCUCAAGCUUUUCCAUAUCUUAAAAUGUUAUCAGUAAAUAAUUCGGAACCUCAGAAAUAUAAACAGUAUCGAAAAUCACAUGACGACAAUCAUAAUUUCUCAAUCGUUAAAUAUCCUCAUCUUACUAAACUUUCUCUUGUAUGUGUUCACGUUGAUUAUGUCGAACAAUUUCUCGAUCAUACAAAAACGUUUAUAUCGAACAACAUCUCACUUGAUGUCGAUUAUUGUCCUCUACGAAAAGCAACACAUAAUUUCACACGAAAUGAAAUGCGGAUCAAUUGUUCUAAAUUGAUUGAAUUACGUAUUUACAAAGUUAUUAAUUCUGAAUGUUUCACAGCCUAUUUUCCUAAUAUAAAAAAUCUAUGA